CCAUCUCUCUCUCUCUCUCUCUCUAAACCUAUUCAACUCCAACCUUCUUCACCAGGAAGAUCAUCGCUUUUCUGCAACCCAGGUCUUCCGUCACCGGAGCUACCAAUCAAUCCAGGGCUUUGGAGUUAUGGACAGGUUUAAUUUAACCCAGUUGGGUAACUUAGGUGAGAAGCUGGUGACGAGUGGAGCUCAGAUGGGUCGGAUGGUCAGUGGAAAAGUGAAGGAGAUUCUGCAAACGCCGACGCCGGAGUCGAGGAUGAUCGACGAGGCGACGUUGGAGACGAUGGAGGAGCCGAAUUGGGGGUUGAAUUUGAGGAUAUGUGCAAUGAUUAACAGUGAGGAGUUUAGUGGGUUUGAAGUUGUGAGGGUUAUCAAGAGGAAGAUUUCAGGGAAGAACGUGGUGACGCAAAGGCUGAGUCUGGACUUGUUGGAGGCGAUUGCUAUGAAUUGUGAGAAGGUGUUUUCGGAGAUUGCGUCGGAGAAGGUGUUGGAUGAGAUGUUAAAGAUGAUUGAUAAUCCGCAGACUGAUAAUGACAAUAGGAGGAGAGCUAUGCAGUUGAUCAGGGCUUGGGGAGAGUCUCAGGAUCUUGCUUAUCUACCUGUGUUUCGUCAGACUUACAUGAUUUUGAGAGAAAGAGGAGCACAUCCUGUAGCACCAGAAGGGAGUUCUCCCUCAUUGCAAUCUACCUUGGAAUCAUACAUGGAAGAGCCUAUGCCUCCCCCAGAUAGAUACCCUGUACCUGACGCUGGAUUUCAAGAUGCAGGUGACCGUGAAUUUCGCUAUAACUACCUAUCAGUUGAGGAAAAAAAGGAAUAUCUUGUUGUAACUCGCAAUAGCCUGGAGCUGCUGUCCAGCAUUUUGAAUACAGAAACCGAUCCAAAACCUUUGAAGGAAGAACUAACCAUGAAUAUGCUGGACAAGUGCAAGGAGUCUCAGCCUGUUGUUCAGAGGAUUAUAGAAACCACUACUGAUGAUGAAGGGAUGCUCUUUGAGGCUCUAUUUCUUCAUGAAGAACUUCAACAAGUCAUUUCCAAGUAUGAGGAGUUGGAAGCUUCUCAAAACUCUGCAGGCCAACAGCUUGAAAAUCCGGAUGCCACCAGGCCUGAGGGAUUGGAAGCAACACAAAACCCUGGAGAACUGCCAGGAUACCCAAAUCGCCCUGAGCAUGAGGAUUUAGAUGACAUCCAAAAUCGUGACAGUCACCUGCCUGAACAUACCAUUUAUUCUAGAGUCAUCCCAUCUGCUCCUGCGGGAAUUCAUAGGGAAACCAAAAUAGCGGAUUCUGUAAAAGAAGGCGCUUCGUCUAGCAGUGAAAAAGUUGGUCAGUGACAGAAACUGCGCCCAUCCUGGUGACUUCAUACUAGCAGGAUUACUUGUUUAUUAGGAGUCUCUUUAUUCGGUUAUGGUUCAGCUAAUUAACCGUUCUGUAAUCAUACUAGUACUUUUAAGCAUGGACUGUGGACUUAGAUGGGGGCAAAACUUUUUCGUGGAAGCUGUCUCCAUACCAUAAGCCCCUUCUGCCAAACUCUGUUAUGUAUGCGGAUCUUGCCACUGUC